AUGUCGAGGUUAGUAAAGUGGGCUUGUGAUCCAAAUGGAGAUAACAAAGUGAUGGAAUGUUGGGUUGAUCUCAUUGGGCCGGGUUUGGGUUGGGCUAUAUACUGGCUCGCCCAUUCCAAGUUGGGAGUUAAGACAUGGGGCUUGAGCGAAGGCUCGGGUUACUUGUCUUCUAGAGUGGAGGAGAUUGCGUGA